GGGAGCCUUUGGGAGCCUUUGGGAGCCUUUGGGAGGCUUUGGGAGGCUUUGGGAGCCUUUGGGAGGCUUUGGGAGGCUGGGUGCCGCUGUGUGACGGGAGCAAGCAGGGAUGUAAACAGCCGGGGGCGAGUCUUUAUCAUCACAGAAAAAUUCAGCGGGAGGGGUGGGAGCUGCCGGGCAAAGGAAACGCUGCGGAGGAAACGCCAGGCGGUUGAGGCAGCGUUACCGAGACAGCUCGUGGGGAAGGGGAGGGUGUUAUUUGGAGUACGAGGCAGAUGAGGGAUUUCCAGGAUGCGCUCCCUUCAUAACGGAGCCUUGCUCAAGGCUCGGUAGCUGGGAAGAGCUCGGCGAAUUGAAUCCUGCUCCGACAAGUUUCGGAGGGGUUGAAGUAAACACCGCUCCCUUUCCUGCCCGGUGCUUGGCCGCUCCUGACACAGCAUCUCCCCCGGCAGAGCCAGGGCCGCCUUUCCCGCAGGAAUUUCUCUCCUGGGAGCCGGAGCGGGCCCGGAGCCCCUUCCCCUGCACCUGGAGGGCAGCGGCAGCGCUGGACCUGAGAGGUGAUUUUGCGCAGCGAGGACCCAUCAUGGCCACGGUGGUGACGGAGAAGCUCAGCCGGCUCUUCAUCAACCUGAGGCAGCUCCCGCCGCUGCUGGCGCCGCUGUCCCCGGCCACGCAGCACAACGAGGCCAUCAACGUCUGGUCGCACCUGGCGGCCGCGCCGGUGCUGCUGCUGCGCUUCCAGCGCCUCUGGCAGCGCGUGGACUUCGGGCAGGACGCGCACGCCCGGCCGCUGCUCAUCAUCCUGGUCGCCUCCCUCACCUACCUGACCUUCAGCAGCCUGGCCCACCUGCUGCAGGCCAAGUCCGAGUUCUGGCACUACAGCUUCUUCUUCAUGGACUACGUGGGGGUGGCCGUGUACCAGUACGGCAGCGCCCUGGGGCACUUCUACUACGCCAUCGAGCCCUCCUGGCACGAGCGCGUGCGCGGCUUCUUCCUGCCGCUGGCGGCGGCGCUGGCCUGGCUGUCCUGCGCCGGCUCCUGCUACGCCAAGUUCCGCUUCCACCCGGCCUGCUCGCUGCCCGGCCGCCUGUGCCAGGAGCUGCCCUCGGGGCUGGCCUACCUGCUGGACAUCAGCCCCGUGAUCCAUCGCAUCUGCACCUCGGCGCGCCCGGAGCCCGCCCUGCUCUACCACAAGUGCCAGGUGCUCUUCUUCCUCCUCGGGGCCUUCUUCUUCUCCCACCCCUACCCCGAGAAGUGGUUCCCGGGGAAGUGCCACUUCUUCGGGCAGAGCCACCAGAUCUUCCACGUGUUCCUGGUGCUCUGCACGCUGGCGCAGAUCGAGGCCGUGGUGCUGGACUACGAGUCCCGGAGGGAGAUCUACUCCUCCCUGCAGGGCGGCCCAGCUUACGACUUCUCUGCCCUCUUCCUGGUCACCGUCGCCUGCUCUGUCCUCACAGCCAUCUACAUGGCCCAGAGGGUGAGGAGCAAGCUGGGCCUCAAGGAGGAGUAAAGAAGAACAGAGCCCAGCGCAAGUCCUGCCCCAGGCCUCCACAUGCUGCUUCAUGAACUCAGCAAGUGCUUUCUCUAGGGAAUCAGAGAGAUGCUUUUUAUGCUUUUUUAAUCCAGUGUAAGUUCCAGCUUGCUCAUAGAAUGGUACCCGGGUUCCGUUCGGCUCUGAAUAAACAAGUUGGAACAGA